CCAGCACACAGCAAAGCCAGCAGCCUGUCAGCCUCCGGAGCGCAGCGCUGGAGCAGGAGUCCACAGCCUGCUGGAGCCGCUCACAGCUCCGCCUGCUUCCUGACUGCGUCCACAGCCCUGCUUUAAGGCAUAAUAAACCCUGUAUCAUUAGUGGGAGUGGGAGAUAAGGUGGGAGGGCUCUCUCCUUUGUUGUUCUCUCUCUCCUGUUGGGGGGAAACACUGGAAGAGCCACGCCGCCUUCAAAACAAGCCCAAACGCGCACCAACUGCCCCCCAGUCCGGAGCGGAGCACCGACACUGGGUCAGACAUAGAGAGCUACAGCUGGACGAAAUCUGUUUUUUCCUGAAUCUGAGAUUUGUUUGAAUUUGUGACCUGAUCAUCAUUCCCUUAGAAGAAGCUGGACUGAUGUCUUCACUGUCUUGAUGGGCCAUACUGCCAAUUGGAGGAUCGUGACAUCACUGUGAAGUUGAAGACUGUGUAAUUUUUCUAAAAGAACCUUAGAGCCUGAUCUGCAUUGUUUCUAUUCAGUUCAAUCUACAAAUCCUCUGUUUGGAUUUGCUGAGCUGUUAUCACCUUUUGCUGAAUGCACCUUUCAAACAUGGAGACUCUUUCCCAGGACUCAAUUCUAGAGUGCCAGAUCUGCUUUAACUACUACAGCCCCCGGCGACGACCCAAACUCCUGGACUGCAGACACACCUGCUGCUCAGUUUGUCUGACCCAAAUGCGAAGCACCCAGAAAGAAAUCCGCUGCCCUUGGUGCCGGGGCGUCACCAAACUGCCCCCCGGCUUGUCCGUCUCUCAACUCCCUGACGACCCAGACAUAAUUACUGUCAUCGCCAUCCCUCACGCCUCGGAGCACACGCCCGUCUUCAUCCGCCUGCCCAGCAAUGGCUGCUACAUGCUGCCGUUGCCCAUCACCAAGGAGCGGGCGCUUGGCCUGCCGGGGGACCUGGGAUGUCGCUUCCUGCCGGGCGGCCAGCAGAAGGGGGUGACGGUUGUGACGGUGCCCGAGCAGCAGCCUCUUGGCCUGGCUAUGGGUCUAGAGGCGGUUGGGCUGGAUGGAAGCGAAGGCGAGAGGAGAGUUCCCGGCCAAGUGGGAGGAGGAAAGGGUUCCACAUGGUCUGGUGUUUGCACGGUUAUUUUAGUGGCAUGUGUGCUGCUGUUCCUGUUGGGGAUCGUGCUGCACAACAUGUCCUGCAUUUCCAAACGCUUCACUGUUAUCUCCUGCGGCUGAGGGAGACCUCCUCUCUCUCCUCUCUGGCCCUGCCUCUCCUUAGGGACCAACCCUCCUGAGGAGAGGAGACUAAACUGAACACCAUGGGCAAAUUAGGCUGCAGCAGAGCAAAGGGGGAGUAAUGUCAAUGAGAGGACAAA